CCCGGCCGCCCCCGCCAUGGUCUCCUGGAUCAUCUCUCGCCUGGUGGUGCUCAUCUUUGGCACCCUGUACCCAGCCUACUCAUCCUACAAGGCCGUGAAGACCAAAAAUGUGAAGGAAUAUGUGAAAUGGAUGAUGUACUGGAUCGUCUUUGCCUUCUUCACCACAGCUGAGACACUUACAGAUAUCAUACUGUCCUGGUUCCCCUUCUACUUUGAGCUCAAGAUUGCUUUUGUGAUAUGGCUGCUGUCCCCUUACACCAAGGGUUCCAGUGUGCUCUACCGCAAGUUCGUGCACCCAACCCUGUCCAACAAGGAGAAGGAGAUCGACGAGUACAUCACUCAGGCCCGAGACAAGAGCUAUGAGACCAUGAUGAGGGUGGGCAAAAGGGGCUUGAAUCUGGCUGCCAAUGCUGCAGUCACAGCUGCUGCCAAGGGCCAGGGGGUGCUGUCAGAGAAACUCCGGAGCUUCAGCAUGCAGGACCUGACCCUCAUCCGGGACGAGGAUGCAUUGCCCCUGCAGGGCCCUGACGGCCGCCUCCGACCUAACCCUGGUGGCCUCCUGGAGACCAUUGAGGACUUAGGAGAUGACUCUACCUUGAGUUUAAGGUCUAGCCCAAACCAGGCAGAUCCCCGGACAGAAACCUCAGAAGAUGACAUGGGAGAUAAGGCCCCCAAGAGGACCAAAUCCAUUAAAAAGGUGCCCAAAGCUGAGCCACUGGCUUCCAAGACACUGAAGGCCCGACCUAAGAAGAAGAGCUCUGGCGGGGGGGACUCAGCCUGAGGCCCUCCUAUCCUCGGAAGGGCUGCAGCCCCAGCUCCUGCUCCACACUGUGCCACUAGCCCAGGUGUCUCAGGCCCUGGGCCUUCCCAUACACACACACACACACACACACACACACACGCAACUGUUUCCAGGACCCUUCCCCAGUGGCCACCCCUCUCAAGCAGGCUCAGCUGUGGGGGUGAGGUUGGUAGAGGCUGGCCCAGGGGCUGAUGACUGAGCCCCCAAAGAGGGGCUCAUCUUCUCUCUGGCCCUACCUACCCAGUGCCUUGCUGAAGACCUUGCUGAAGAAGACCAACCUCUAUCCCCUUCUCUG